UGAGGGCGGGGUAGAGCUAGUAGCGCCGAUGCCGGGGCGGGGCCCGCCGGGAGAAAGCUCGUCGUAGCGGGUGGCGGUCGCUGGGGCCGACCGGCAGCGGACGGACAACCGGACAGAGGGACGGCUGCAGGGGGACGGGCCGGGCCGGCUCGGUGCACGCCGUGCCGCCGCCAUGACAGAGCAGACCUACUGCGACCGCCUGGUCCAGGACACACCCUUCCUCACAGGUCUCGGGCGCCUGAGUGAGCAGCAAGUGGACAAGAUUAUCCUCCAGCUGAAUCGUUACUACCCCCAAAUCCUCAGCAACAAGGACGCGGAAAAGUUCCGGAACCCCAAAGUAUCCCUGCGAGUGCGGCUCUGUGACCUCUUGGGCCACCUGCAGCGAAGCGGUGAGCGGGACUGCCAGGAGUUCUACCGGGCCCUGUACAUCCACGCCCAGCCCCUGCACAGCUGCUUGCCUAGCCGCCACGCCCUGCAGAACUCAGAUUGCACAGAGCUAGACUCGGGCACCGCAAGCCGUGAGCUCAGUGACAGGGGACCCAUGGCCUUCUUGACCUGCCUCGGCCUGGCCGCAGGGCUGGCCCUCCUGCUCUACUGCUGCCCUCCAGACCCCAAGGUGCUGCCAGGGGCCCGGCGCGUCCUGGGCUUCUCCCCUGUCAUCAUUGACAGACACGUCAGCCGCUUCCUGCUGGCCUUCCUCACAGACGACCUGGGGGGGCUCUGACGCACCCCAGCCCUGCCACUUACCUGCUUGCCACCCCGGGGACUUCCUUCUUUUCUAAGUGUUUCUUUCUCACUAUUUAUAAUUUCUGUAACAAGCACUUUACCUUCACUGUACAAAGGUGCUCAACAAUAUUAAAUGUUUGAGUCUCAACCCUU